GCGAAGGAGGAGAAGGAGGAUUGGAAUGCUAAAUUUGCAGUUGGGCAGUGAUCGCUGCAGCAGCAGCAGCUGGCCAUGCUUGUGUCGCACCUCCUCCUUGAUUGCUCUCCUCCUCCUCUUCCUCAACCUCUUGAUUCGCCCUGGAGUUGUUGCUUCAUGUACUCUGCGUGUUAGGGCCAGUUGGGUUGGGAAGGUGCCUCACAACUUUGGAGCUUGUUGCUGCCUCUGAGGUGCGGGUGUUCAAGCUCGAGGCGGACUAUUACUACAAACUCAGGCAGAGAGAGAGAGAGAGAGAGAGAGAGGCAGAGAGGAGUUGGGUGAGAGGAUCGGUGUGUGGGUGAAGGGGGAAAAUGAAGGGCGAUGACGGUAGCGCUGCAGCACGGCGCGCUGGCGUCUUAGCCAGACACCUUGCGCAUGAAAUGAGUCCUUUGUCGUUUUUGCGACCCUCGCCUUGCUUGGCGUAUCAGCCUCCCGAGUUUCAUUGUGACAACUCCAGCUUCGACAAAUCGAUUAUGCGGGAGUUAUUGGAUGGGCACCAUGUAGAUCUCAGAGACUCUUUUACGGACCUGCUGAUGAGCAGCGACUUGUUCACGAGCAAACGAGUUGGUGACCGAGUGUUUGCUUCUCCGAACUUUAACUUGACAAUGGCAGAGCAAAGAGACAAAACUCUGGAGCGCAUCCUCUUCCUCCGUAGCGAGGGUGUGUUCAAGGGCUGGUUGUCGGACUCCUCAGUCGAUGAUGCUUUGAAACGAGCUGCUCUGUUUGAAACUAUGGGAAUCUUCGAUCACUCACUGGUUAUCAAGCUAGGCGUGCACAUUCAUUUAUGGGGAGGAUCCAUUCAGUAUCUGGGGACCAAGCGCCAUCACGACAAGUGGUUGGAUCGUACUGAGGAUUACCAAGUUCGAGGAUGUUUUGCAAUGAGCGAGCUCGGCCAUGGCAGUAAUGUGCGAGGCAUUGAAACAGUGACUACUUAUGAUACUUCCACAGAGGAGUUCAUCAUCGAUACUCCUUGUGAAUCUGCUCAAAAGUACUGGAUUGGAGGAGCCGCACAGCAUGCUACCCAUACGAUCGUCUUUUCACAGCUUUUAAUCGACGGGAAGAACGAAGGCGUUCACGCCUUUGUUUGUCAAUUACGGGAUCAAUACGGCCGUGUAAUGCCUGGAAUCCGCAUCGCCGACUGUGGUCACAAGAUUGGUUUGAAUGGGGUAGACAAUGGCCGCAUUUGGUUUGACAAAGUGAGAAUACCUCGCGAGAAUCUGCUAAAUGCCGUAGCAGAUGUCACUCCAGGUGGAAAAUAUAAAAGUGCAAUCAAAGACCCUGAUCAGCGAUUCGGUGCUUUUAUGACUCCUUUGACAUCAGGGCGUGUUACGAUUGCCGUGAGUGCAAUUUACCAAUCAAAGGUAGGCUUAACAACAGCUAUUCGGUAUACUUUAACGAGACGUGCCUUCUCUUUAGUUCCAGGGCAGCCUGAGGUCCUUCUCCUGGACUACCCUAGCCACAGACAUCGGCUGCUUCCCCUUCUGGCCAAAACGUAUGCAAUGAGCUUUGCUGCUGUGGAUUUGAAGUACUUGUACUUGAAUCGGACACAUGCAGACUCGAAAGUCAUUCAUGUUUUGUCUAGCGGUCUCAAAGCAGUCUUCUCGUGGCACAAUCUUCGCACUCUUCAGGAAUGUCGAGAGGCAUGCGGAGGUCAGGGUUUGAAGACUGAUAAUCGAGUGGGGCAACUGAAGGCUGAGUAUGAUGUUCAAUUGACGUUUGAAGGUGACAAUAAUGUCCUAAUGCAGCAGGUCAGCAAAGCGCUGUUGGCCGAUUACGUGAGCGCUAAAAGGAGGGGAAAACCUUUGAAGGGGAUGGGAUUGGAACACAUCAACGGCUCGGCGCCGGUUGUACCCGAAGAACUUAACAGAAGUGCACUCCGGGACUCCAAAUUUCAGUUGGCUCUCUUCCAGCUGAGAGAACGAGGAUUGUUGGAGCUUUUAACCUCGCAAGUUACGACUCUUGUGCUGAAGGGAGUUUCCAUGACUGAUGCAGUCAUUUCAGGUUAUCAAGUAGCCGAGGAUUUAGGACAAGCUUUCUCGGAACGCUCAGUACUGGAGAGCUUUCUUAAAGUAGAGCAACAGACUACAGGCUCAAUGAAGGACAUACUUGGAUUGUUAAGAUCUCUCUACGUACUGUCAUCUGCCGAUGAGACACCAGUAUUCUUGAGAUACGGCUAUCUCACACCGAAGCAAUCGCAGCUAAUCCACACCGAAGUAGACUCUCUUUGUGGCGAGCUUCGGCCUCAGGCGCUCAAUCUCGUUGAUGCCUUCGGCAUCCCACAAGCCUUCUUGGGUCCGAUCGCCUUCGACUGGGUUGAAUAUAACUCCUGGAGCAAUGUGCAGUAAACUCGAUUCAACAUCAAUCGAGAUUCCAGUCGAGUAAGAGGAUUGCCGACUAUGAGUUUUGUUUGACUUGUUGUAUCUUUGUGCGAAGUUGUACAUAGUACCAACAUCAACCCAAAGCAUCAAAUCAUCUCACUGAUGCUUUUGUCAAAACAGUGUGACUUCAGCUUCGAAGUUUGCAUUCCUUGCAAGUGAAAUAUUCUUGUAUGACACUCAGUUCACGAACCCCUGAA